UUUCUGGAAGAUUUCCCUUUCUCUGAGAAGGAGAGGGCUGCUGUGAGUCUUAUCUCACUGUGAUUAAGUUAUUUCUACUGGACAGUGUGAAAAACAAAUCAGAGAGUCUUGGAUGCCAUCUCUUGAAGAGAAUGAUUCUGGAUUCAGUGCAGCUGGAUGUAGAAAGCUGAGGCCUAGCAACAACUGCAGGGAGCAGUUACUAUUCCAGUUGUCCCUCUUCAUCUUCUUUUUACAGAAGUACUGAUCUAGUUGACUACAUGGAUUUGCAACCAGCAGCUCAGCAGCUGCUUCAUGAACCACGCUUCCAGGAGGGGCACAUCACAAAGAUGGAUUCCUUUAGCAAGGAAGAUAUGACAGGUUGUGAUAUUGGACUGCAGUGAAGUUCCACCGGUGCUGUUCUACCCUUCAUGAGUGAGCACUGCUGGGCUGUGCAGCUGGCAAGCUCAUACCCUUUUUUUGGAGGCUUGAGCCAACUGCUUUUGGUCCGGGAGCUUACAGAAUGGGAGUAGGCUGAAUCAAGCCUCUGUCAAGAACCACUGGUGAAAUACUGAAUUAACAUACCCAAGACCAGCACAUCAGGAGGAUAGCCUUCUACCAAGAAUAGUGUGGAGAUAUACCUUGUUCACAGAAGCUCUGGAAACAUCGUGAGACUUGGACAGACACAGUGCAGCCUCAGAAGGCAGAGAUGCUGCUGCUGUCUGGGCAUUGCACACUCUGUGUUCGUGACAGAUGGAAAUAAUGCCCAGUUUUGGGGGAGCUUGGUGGUAUGGGAGACAGUCACAGUAACUCUAAUAGGGUGGCUUAUCACUUUCUUGUGAAGCCAGGUACAGAUUCUGUUCUCUUUUGCACCCACAAAUCUGGUAUAAUAUUAAUUAGAUUGUCAUAAGGGUGCAUUAGUGAAGAUCCAUAAAACAAAAAAAAGGAAAUGUUCUAUAGUCAUGCUAAAACUUGGUAUGUGAUUUAUAUGAAGGGGGUGAACAGAGAUCAUUAGCCAUGAAACACUGCUUUUCCAGAAAUAUGAAAUAUUUAGGUAAAAUAUCUAGGUAAGAUCUAACAUAAAUUUGAUUACUGCCUGAUAAAAUGGUGUCUCUUCCCUUCUAAAUAGGUUUGAUCAUCUCCUCAGUGCAAGCCCUGCACCUUCACCUAGAUUCCUUCCCAGGCAGCUACAGUGGAUCUGCUCACCAAGGGAAUUUGUCCCACUGGAUUCCUUUUUUUAUUUUUUUUUCUGUGCAGUUGAAUGAAAAGUGUGUGUCUUUUGAAGAACGGCAACUGAAAGAAAUAUUGAUGACUGCCAGGGCAUCUACAGAAAAAGAUAAGAAAAUUACUCUACUACAACAGUGAAGACAAAGGGGCUUUGUUAACACUUUCUUGAAACAGCCACUUGCAAGACACAGAGAGAGGAGGCAGGUGGUGACUGGACUCAUGAAGAAGAGAGAAGAGACCAACGCUCCUACCUGUUACUUCUGUGAUGAAAAUGGCAAGACAGCUAUGGAUCUGCAGUAAACUCCAAGCUAUGUGGCAGCUAAAGGCUGUCACUCACGCAGGAGCUGUCCAGCCCUCGCCAAGCCACCGGCACUCGCCUCCCCACUUACUCCUCUUUCCGGUGAAGCUCCUCCUCGGACUCGCUGAGCCGCUGCUUCAGGGCUGCGAUCAUCUCCACGGCCACAUCCACCUGCCUGCUCAGGGCCCGCUCUCGCCGCUGCACCUCCUGCUUCUUCUGGGACAGCUGCACGAACGCUGCCCGCACCUCCAGCAGCUCCGCCGUCUUCUGGGACAGCUCUUUGGACUACAUGUUGCCUUUCUGCUCAGCUAAGAGAUGGAAAGCCUUUCAACUGACCUCAGCAGGCUGAAAUGAAGAAAUGAGUUACUGAGGCUCCAGUAAGUGGUCAGGAAUGCGACAUCCAAGAGAAGAUCAACUUUGAGGUCCGCAUGCGGGAGGGGAUCUGCAGGCUGCUGGCAGUGAGCUCGCAGAAGGAGCAGCUCCUGCGCGCUGUGAAGAGCCUGAUGGUUUGCAACGCUCGCAUCCGCGCCUACAGGGCCCAGCUGCAGGGCCCGAAGGGGGAGCCCGGCCCGGGCAGGGCUGCAGAGCCGUCUUCAGAAAAUGGAACAAAAGACCGGAUGGCAUGCAGAGCAAAAGUUGCUAUAUCAGAUAUUCGCAUACCAUUAAUGUGGAAAGGCUCUGACCACUUCAGCAAAAAAGAAAAAUCCCAGCGCUAUGCAGUGUUCUGUUUGUUCAGAAUGGGAGCUGAGGUUUUUGAUACUGAGGUGACUAUUGUGGAUGAAGCAGUAACAGAUAUCUGUUUUGAAAAUGUAACCAUAUUUGAUGAAGCAAGCCCAGAUUUCCAGGUGAAGGUUGAAGUGUAUAGCUGCUGUACAGAGGAGUCUUUAUAUAUAACAAACACUCCUAAGAAACUGGCAAAGAAACUUAAAACAUCCCUCAGCAAAGCUACAGGGAAGAAACUCAAAGCUGCACUGGAAGAAGACAGCACUGAGCCCCUUUUGCCUGCUGACCCAGUCAUCCAUGGAGCAAAGUACAGUUUGCUAGCAUACACCACUUUGGGGCUGGAAAGUGCUGAGGACAAUUUCAGGACCCACAACCUUACCAUUACAGGAAAUGAGGAAUCCUCUUUCUGGCUACCCCUGUAUGGAAACAUGUGUUGCCGUUUAGUUGUCCAGCCCUCCUGCAUGGCCAGGGAUAUGAUGGCAGGAUUUCUAAAUCAGCAGCAAAUGGUAGGAGGUCUGACAAGCUGGAGGAGGCUGUAUUGUGUACUGAGAGGUGGCAAACUCCUUUGUUAUUACUCACCAGAAGAAACUGAGGCUAAAGUGGAGCCAGCAUUGACAGUUUCCAUCAACAAGGAAACGAGGAUUCGAGCUGUGGAUAAGGACUCCAAGAGAAGAACUAACAACUUCUCGGUUAUCAACCCCGUGUCUGGAGGGGGUGUGACACAACGCUUUGCUGCUGACAGUAGGGAUGAACUGCAUCAGUGGAUGGAGGCUUUCUGGCAGCACUUUUAUGAUCUGAUGGGCGGAGUCCACCUCUGCCUGGGCACCCACCUGGUGCUGUGUUGGUUUGGUGAGAUCCUGCAGGUAUCAAUCCUGAGUAUGGAAGCCUUAGUGACAGUGGUGAGGAUGCUGGAAUCAGGCCAGUGGAAGCAUUGUUGUGAGGAACUUAUGAAAAUUGAGAUUAUGUCACCACGGAAACCACCUUUGUUCUUGACAAAGGAAGCGACCUCCGUCUACCAUGAUAUGAGCAUUGACUCUCCAGUGAAACCUGAGGGCUUAGCUGAUAUCAUACAUAGGAAAAUUGAAGAGAGCAAUGGUGAGUUCCUUCUUGGCCAGCAAAAAGAGUCUGCAUCUGCCCUAUGGGCAUCACUCUUUGAUGGAUCUCAUGAGAUGACUGUUCAGAAAAACAUGCACGUGGACCCAAAGAGAGAUACUACAAGUCCUACUGACAGCAGAGGAAAGAAAAGAAGAGCACCACCUCCACCCUCUGAUAAGUCCCCAUACAGUGCAGAAGCACAGGGGAACACAGAGCAGCUGGGCAAGGAAAACUGGAGGAAGCCUGACCACACACCUGCCAGUAGCUCUUCCUUUGAGUCAGUGUUAGCUACGAAAAUGCAGCAGCUGCAAACCCCCAUUGCUCCUCCUCGCAAAAUUGGGCCUUGUGGGAAAAGUGGUUUAGCUGGCCUGGGGAAUCCUGUUUCUCUGCUGAGCAAGACCAAGUCUGAAACCAAACCAGUACCAACCCCUAAACAGAAGGGCAUCACAGAAAUACUAGACCCCAGGUCCUGGUUGCAUCCAUAGGCAUCAUAUUUAGCUUAGAGGAGUCUUUGGAAUUUAAAGUUUCUCCGCCUUCUCCUAACACUCUUUAUUAAAAGUAGAUUUCAGCAUUUAGCUCGUGUUUCCUGUAAGCCAGGGCAUUACUGCAAGCUGCAGUCUCAGCUGUAUUCAUUAGUGCUCCUAUCUAAAUAAUUGCACUAGAAUUAUUAGAAUGGGGGGGUGUUUCUCUGGAGUAACGGUGCUAUUUCUGAAAACAAUAGUUCAGUACUUUCCUCUUGGAAAGACCACAGUGUUCAGGGUAACCUCAGCUGUCCCCACGGCAGGGGUGUUACCAGUGCCUUCUCCCAGUCCCUCAGCUUAGCCCAUCCACAGCUCCUCAGACUACUUCAGUGGGAAUUCACACGUAUUCAGCACAGAUGUUGCAAAGCUGAUUUUCUUGGGCUCCAUGCUCGCUGCAUCCUCUCUCUCCCUUGCUGUUUAGGAAACAACUGCUUAUAUGGUAAUCAAGUGUGCAAAGCUUUUGUGCUGUUCUGAACGGCUCUGUAACCCCAUACGAAUUUCUGAGGCAGUUCUAUCAAUUUAGUGUGGACUUCCCAAGUUCCUGCUGGUUCAUGUGCAGUUGGAAUGGACCAGGAUUAUCUGUCUUUGAGCAAGGAUAUGACCCAUCACUGCUGUUUUAUUUUGGGCUAAGACAAGCAUUUCAAAGCAGUUGCUUGGGUAUGUGCACAUGCACAUCUUACAGUUGUUUUUCCUGACAAACGUGGGCCUGUAGCACAGCUCCUCCUCUGUGGAGCCUCUGAGCAGUUCCUGCUGGGGAGCUGGUUUGUGAACAGGCAGUGUUACUGGUGAGCAAUCAGGGCUUUUUCACCACUUGUUCUUUCUGCAAUAGCAGAGAAUGAGCACUUCAGGUGAAGACACUGAACUUUGAUACUCUUUCAUCAGACUGUUCACCAGUUCUGUAAGUAUGGGGUGUUAGGGUUCCUGUGGCACCUGCAAAACACCCACUGCAUAAGGAAAAGCUGUGUUCUCUUGGAUCCACAUCUUAAAUACCCAGCCAUUUCCUUGGUUGAUGCAUUUGUCUCAGAUGCUGGAACUUAUCCAGGGGCAAAGGUCUGCUUGCAGUUCUCCCUCUGGAGACUUGGUGCUCAGACCUGUGUUGAGAGGGUCGUAUCAGCAACUGUAUACAUAGAGUUCAUUAUUUAUUAUUUUUUCCCUAAAAUGUGGAUGGCUCUGGGAGCUUUACCAUUUCUCCACAAGAUACUGUGGGCAUGGUGGUUGGUUGAUUUAUUUUAAUUUUUUGUCUUCAGCUAAGCUCUUGGCUCCACAGUUGUAAAGGCAUCUGCUGAAUUCCCUCAGUAGUUCUUUUGGGAUGGGGUUGAGAGGCAGGUUUCAUUUACAAAUCCUUUGCAGGAUUAGGGCCCUUUGUUCUAGAAUGUCCUUGUUCAUUCUUCAUUUAAUCACGUUCCAUUUUCCCUCUGAAACAACCAUAAUCAUUCUUACAAUAAAUCAUGCUGUUACUUAAGUGGAUGGUUUGUGAAUGGCUUAUAAAUAGGAACAGAAAAACUGAAGAAAAACUACAUGGUUAUGUAAAUCAGACAGUCAACUAAGUGGACUGUACAACUCUGAACAAGAAAUGGGAAAAAUUGGGAGGGGGGGAAGAAUAUUUUCCAAAAUGCAGCUGCAGUUUAUUUAGCUUUAAAUCUAGCCUUAAAUGUUUCUGUGCUCAGAAAGAAAAAAAAAAACCUUUUCUUGGUAACCCCCUUUCAUUUUGUAGUUAUAUUUUUAAAAAAUCUCAUAAAUAUAUAAGGAAAGAAGGCACCAUAAUGAGGAAUUAUUUUUAAAUUCACCAGACCAUUGAGUUUCAACAAGCAGUUUCUCUGUUAUAUUCAGUGGCUUUGUUUUGAACUGAACAUGUGUAUUUUAGCAAGGCGUUUAAUAUUAAUUUGAAGUCUUCAAGUGAUGAGAAUUCUCUCAUACCUCCUGUUGCAAUACUUAAUUACCCCAGGUACAUUUUCCACUUGAUUUUCUAUUUGCAUUUCUAGCUCCACCUUAAGUUAUUUUGGUCUUUUUAUGCAUUUGAUUGCUCAUAUUGAUCUCUGUAGUAUCAGCUUUUCUAAUUGCCUGUGUGUAGUUAUAAAUCAUGAUUAUGUCCCUUUUAACCUUUUCUCUGAUGAGAGGUACUGAAUUCCUUAACUUUCCUAUGGCAGUCAAUGUUAUCCAAGGCUAAUUAAUCUUCACGUUCUUCUCUGUAUUUCUCAUGUACAGAAAUAUUUGUAAGGGUGAUGUCUGAAUUAGAUGCCACAUGUCAAUAGUGAUCCCUCAGGACUGCACAGAGCCAUAAUGUGAUCCUCUUGCUCUGAUGAGUAUCUCCCUCUCUCUCUUUCCUCAAAAAUUGCAUUAUCUUUUUUUUGUGGAAGCAUUGCCUUGGAUGCUGACUGUUAUGGGCCAAGUCCUCUUCAGAGUCUUUCUCAAGAAUGUGGUACAUCAUCCUCUUAUUAUCUUACCUUACAUUUUCUUGGAAAUACCGAUUGUAUUUUACCAGCAUUAAAAUACUGCUCGUGAAGUGAUCCAGAUUGCUCUGUGUAAGUGACCUGUCCUCAUUCUUUACUACUCCAGCAGUCUGCAUGUCCUUUGCAAAUUUAUUGCAAGUGAUUUUUACAGUUUAUUCCAGAUCAUUGAUUUUUAAAAUUGAAUGCAAGGUAAGGUUUGUAGUGAGAGGUGAUAAGUUUUUAUUGCAUCAGUGACAUGGGUAGGGGGUGGGGAAAAGCAAACAGGCAGGCCAUUGAAUUUCUGUCCCUUUUAUCCCAGAGCUUUUAAAACUUUCAGUAAGAUGGCAAACAGCUACAUUUCUUGCUGAAUCCCUAUUAAUACUGUAUCUUGAAAUUAUUAUUAUGAUAUUUUAAAGAAAAUUACAUGUUCAUCUUGUUUUCAGAAAGUUACUCAGGGUUCUUGUGGGUAACGCCUCAGUGCUGCUGUCUUUGCAAGCCAACUUCAUAUCUCUGAGUAAAAUGCAACCUGUUGUUCAAGACCUAUUCUCCAUGAAGCUGUGUUGAUAUUUUAUAUCUAUCCUUAAAUUAGAUUCAUGUGGGCCAGUUCAUGAUAUUGGAGAGACACCACAAAGCAAACAAGGCCAUUCAUUAUUCUGUUCAUCUCCUUCAGAACUACAUCAUCCCUGUUAGGAAGAAAGUUGAUUCAGGUUUCAGUAUUUAUUGUUACUUUCCCUUUCUUUCCCCCUCCUUCUAUAUUGUCAUUAGUGCCUUUGCAUCUUCUGUGAAGCUUGUUGGCUUGACCAGUAAAACCUGCAGGCUCCCAGGAAACACAGAGCUGAGCUGCACGAUAAAGUCAGUGCCCCUGGAGGAACUGCUGCUCCCAGGCAGCAGAGGAGAAUGUAUUGUGUCACCAUCUUAGCAGCUGCGUUCAAUGAGGAUGCUUUAAUUGCAUGACUCAAAAUACCCGGGAUCAAAACCCGACAGCCAUUUGGCAGCUCCUGCUGGGAUGAGGCUUGGAGGACCUGUGGCUCUCCCAGCCCUUGUGUCCCAUUCCCCUGUGCUCACAUUUGUGUAGGCAAGGCACAGUGCUGUCACCUGGCUGGGAGCUCCAUCGAGAAACACUUCUCCCAGGGUGAAUGGCUGCAGUGACCCAGUGUGGCACAGGGAGGACGUUGGUGGCACCUGCUGAACUAUGCGUGGGAUUGGAGACUUCUCUGAGGAACGUGUCAGGCCUGCUCUGAAAACUGUACCUGCUUUUCUGUGCUGGGACUGAUUAAUGCUGCUUAAAACCAGGACUGAGUGAUCGGAUGCAGUCUUGAAGUGGGGGAGACGGUAGUCAGCCUGAACUCUUCUUUUAGGAAGUACAACUUGAAAUUAAUUGCUAGUUCAAACUUAAAUAUAAAUUUCACAGAACAUGAACUUCUGAAAUACUGACUGAACAAAGCCUUAACUUAUUAACUUUUUAUAUUUACCUAAUGUCUUCAGCUGUUUACUUGGUUUUGGAAUGGUAGACGGUACUUUCUGUGGUUUCAAAGGCAUUACCUUCAAAUGCUUACAUUUUUACUAGGAUUGUGGGUUUUUUCCCGUGGUAAUAAUACUAAUAGUUAUUUUAUGGUGGCUUGUACAUAUUUGGAAAUACUGUCGUACUAUUCACAGUUGAUUUCUAAUUAAUGCAAACUGCCUUAAUAGAAAAAUUGAGAUUUCGACACUAAUGUAUUGUGAAAUGUUAGAACAGAAAUCUUCUUAUUUUGCUGCUAGCAUAUUGUAUUUCUCUUAAAAUACGCAAGUGAAAUUAAAGACGUUUCUAGAAUAAAA